CUCGAACCAGGCUACUAGGCCAUUUGGAAAUACUCUCUAAUCGGAAACCAGAGAUUGAAGCAGAGACAGACGUGGUCGUUGACUGUGUUUUAGCGCUCUGAGGAAGAUGCAUCCGAUAAACGCAGUGAUGGCGGCUCGGAUGCUAAGUCAAUCAGUCGCACAAUUCAACGGUUUUGAACCCGAGAUACCGUUCGGAUCGGUUUGGUGGUUCGUGUACGCCGGAGUUUCGUGCGUGCUUGUCCUCUUCGCUGGCAUAAUGUCCGGCCUCACCCUCGGUCUCAUGUCUAUCAACCGCGUUGACCUUGAGAUCCUCCAGCGAAGUGGGACCCCCUCCGAGAAGAAACAAGCAGCCCAAAUUCUUCCGGUGGUUCAAAAGCAGCACCAGCUUCUAGUGACGUUACUACUGUGCAAUGCCGCAUCCAUGGAGGCCCUUCCAAUAUAUCUGGAUAAGAUGUUCAAUCAGUAUGUUGCUAUUAUACUUUCUGUGACUUUCGUUCUGGCUUUCGGCGAGGUGAUUCCACAAGCUAUAUGCACCAGAUAUGGACUUGCUGUAGGUGCCAAUUUUGUGUGGCUUGUGAGAAUUUUGAUGGUAGUUUGCUAUCCAAUAGCUUAUCCUAUUGGGAAGAUCCUCGACUGGGUUUUGGGACAUCAUGAAGCUCUAUUCAGGCGAGCUCAGUUGAAAGCCCUAGUUUCUAUCCACAGCCAGGAGGCUGGCAAGGGAGGUGAACUCACGCAUGAUGAGACAACAAUUAUUAGUGGAGCAUUGGACUUGACUGAAAAGACUGCUGAGGAGGCUAUGACUCCUAUUGAAUCAACUUUCUCCUUGGAUGUAAAUUCUAAGUUGGAUUGGGAGGCGAUGGGAAAGGUUCUGGCAAGGGGUCAUAGCCGGGUUCCUGUCUAUUCUGGGAAUCCGAAAAAUAUCAUUGGACUUCUUUUGGUAAAAAGCCUUCUCACCGUACGACCUGAAACGGAAACACCAGUCAGUGCAGUCUCAAUCAGGAGAAUUCCACGAGUUCCGGCUGAUAUGCCUUUGUACGAUAUAUUGAACGAGUUUCAAAAAGGCAGCAGCCACAUGGCUGCUGUAGUGAAGACUAAAGGGAAAAGCAAGGCUCUGCCACCAACGUUUGAUGGAGAAAAACCUGCAGAAAACAAAGAGACUUGUGCAGGGGAUUCCCAAUUGACUACUCCUUUGCUAUCUAAUCAAGAUGAAAGGUCAAUGAGUGUUGUUGUUGAUAUUGAUGGGGCUUCUAGGCCAAACACUGUGAAUUGGCAGGCCUCUGUACAACGGAAUGAUGUAGCAACAAACGGAUUGCCUCAGUUGGAGGAUAUUGAUGAUGGUGAAGUCAUUGGCAUCAUCACCUUGGAAGAUGUGUUCGAAGAACUUCUGCAGGAAGAGAUUGUGGAUGAAACAGAUGAAUACGUUGAUGUACAUAAAAGAAUUCGUGUGGCUGCAGCUGCUGCUGCUUCAUCAGUGGCACGGGCUCCAUCCAGUCGAAGGUUAACUGGCCACAAAGGAGCAGGAGGCCAAAGUAAACCGGGGCAAACUCCAAAGAAAUCCGAGAAUGAUUCAAGUAUCCCAAAGUUACCAGGGACUGGUGGCGAGCCUUUCCUUGGAAACAAGAGAUGAACAGGUCAUACAGUUAUUGUAACAUAACAAUGGUACUAACGGUACAGGACCCUGUGACGUGCUAGGACCUCUUCAGCAUAAAUUAAUUAGUUAUCCGGAUGUGAAUAUCGAAAGGAUUGCAGGUGCCCUGAGUUACAUUUUGGAAGAGGCGUCGAAUCUGUGGUUGUUGAUAUCAAUAUAGUAUAUUUUUCGUAAUACCAGUGCUACUGGAUGUAGGAAUCAGAUAGAACCACGAGUUUCUCCUACUUUCAAUAAAACUAACAUGGUUAUUUCUGGCAAAGGACCCCCUGUUUGAAUUUUGAAAUUACAUGUUGUCAAUUGUUAGUUUCAGUUUGUAUUAUGUCAAUAUUUUGUUAUUCAGAAGAACAAUAGAGAGAAAGGUUAGGAGCUGGUGAACAUAAUCGCAGGAGGAGCUGUUGCUUAUUUUA